UUUGAAUAUGCGACAUGCGACUGUUAGGCCUAAACGGCAAUAUUAUUGUUCAAGCUCUUUGCUCUUUCGUCUUUAUCAUUACUGUUCGUGAGGAGCUUCUCUUUUCUAAUCGAUUAAUUCAUUCAUGAUGGUUGUGUUGUCCCUAUAGUCGAAUCGGACAACGAAAUUUGCUAGGAGAGUUUCAAUUUCAAAUCCUGUCGGGGAUUCAUUUGGUAUUGCACUCGCUUUUUCUCUCCGCACCUGCUUUCUUUUUUUCUAUCUCCUAGGGUUUGCUCCGCCAUUGACCCACUGUUCACCGCAAAGUCAAGCUCAAUUUACAUGGCGCGCUGAUUACAAAUCACAGAAGGAAAACUUCUCUGCCCAAUGGCAAUAGCCACUUGCAACAACUCAAAUGAUUUCCUACCCUCUCUUUUACCCUAUAUCCCACUCAGACUCGUGAUACUUCCUACACUUGUUGCCACAUAUCUUGAUUCUCGUGGAUCAGUCAAAGCAGAUGCUUGCAUAACAAUCACGCACUUAAGGCAGGUGCACAAAAGCAUUGUGAUUGAAGUUCUUGCAAAUCAUUUUUCUCCCAGCAACUGGCCAUUUUUAAGGAAGCAAAACUUGCAAGAUGUUUAUGCUUAUGAGACAAAGAAUCUACUGAUAUUGUCACAGUAGGCUCUGAUUUACUACAGAAAUUGGACUAAUUGGCUUAAAUAAGUAAAUUAAUUUACUUAUCUAGUUUUUUCUUCUUCUUGAACCUUGUCAGAUGGAUGUAGUAAUGGAUAAAUCAUGGAUUGAUAUGCCAAGGAAUACAAUAGAAUAUCUAGAUGGAUUAAAUAAAUUCUUAGAUUUUUCUUUUGAAAAUCGAUCUGUCAAUGGUGCAAUAAGGUGUCCAUGUCCUAAAUGUCAUUUUAGUAAAUGGAAAACUAGAGAUGUUGUGUUUGACCAC